GUCACCAAUCAUCUGUGUUCAUUCAUUUCAAGGAUGUCAUAAUUGGGAUAUCUACCUUUUGCUUCCCACCAUGGCCAAACUUAUCUCGAGUUUCCUCCAUCGUCAUAAUCCGAUGAUACUUGUCUUUAUUUUCCUCAGUGCCUUAAAUUUUGUUUUCUCACAGACCCCAGAUGUUGAGUGUGUCAUUGAUAUUCAAGCCUCUUCAUCUUGGCGUAACUCAAGUUGUGAGGCAGGAAAUUGGGGUGGAUUUAUCGGUAAUUGUUGUGAAGUAGUUUUUGAUGACUACCUGUAUGCCUUGGGACAGAGGGCCAACCAUACCGGGAAGCUCUUCUUGAAUUCCACAGAGCAGAGAAACUGCUUAGUCCUAAUGAAGGGUAUUAAGGAGGAUGUUUUCAGUUGUGGCAUCGAGAAGCUAACAAGUGGAACUGGCGGCUGCUCUGACUAUACUAAACUAGAUGUUUUUAAUAAUUUACGGAACACAAUGGAAAGUUUAGAAGAAGACUGUAAGCUUUUGGGCACAGCCGAAAAAUCUGAUCAGGUUUGCAGUGCAUGCUUGAAAAGGUGGGAAGAGAUUGUUGCAUCAUCAGACAAUGAGAGGGGUUCAUCGAAGGUUGAAGCCAAUAUCUGUGGUUUUGCUGUUUUGGUAUCCUUAACAAGCAAGAGGAUUGAUGAUAACGAUUUUGUUCAGGCACUUUAUGAAUGCCUUGGGGAUCAGAGACUUUCAGCAGAUGAACAGCGAAGCUCGGGGACUAAUGCUAUAAACUUGAGCACAGGUAUAUGGAUUGUAUCUGGUGGUCUAGCAGGAAUUGCAGCAAUGAUACUCAUUGCCACAUGGACCUUAUGUAGAAAAGGGCCUCAAAAGAGUGUUUCAGCUGAGAAAUAUGCAUCAAACGAUUCACACUCUGAAGAACCUGGCAGCCUUAAAAUAUCAAUCAAGGAAAUUUAUGCAGCGACCAACAAUCUAAGUGCAGUCAACUUCAUUGGCCAAGGCGGAGCUGGAAAGGUAUAUAAAGGCAUACUCUCGAAUGGGAAGCAUGUUGCUGUCAAGCACAUAAUCAAUGAUGGCUCUGUAGAGACAUUCAUCAGGGAAGUAACAAGCCUUUCCGAUGUUAGACAUCCGAACCUUGUAGCUUUGCUUGGCUAUUGUGAAGAUGUAGAAGAAUGUUUCCUGGUCUAUGAACUGUGUCAAAAUGGGAACCUUUCAGAGUGGCUAUUUGGUAAGGAUAAAAGUCUGCCAUGGAUAACGAGACUUGAGCUUGCAAUUGACAGUGCAAGAGGUCUUUGGUUUCUGCACACUUAUCCGGAUGGCUGCAUUGUUCACCGCGAUAUCAAGCCAACAAACAUUCUCAUCGACAACAACUUUCAAGCCAAACUGUCAGACUUCGGGUUAUCUAAAGUUAUGGACUUGGGCCAGUCCCAUGUGAGCUCAGAAGUGCGAGGGACAUUUGGUUAUGUUGAUCCUGAGUACAGACGGAACCACCACGUAAAUUCUUCAGGAGAUGUCUACAGUUUUGGAAUAGUUCUUCUACAACUUAUCUCGGGGCGCAGGGUUAUCAAUCUGAACUCACAAAAACCAAUGCCUCUUAGUAAAAUGGCCAGGGCCCUCACAAAAGGCAGUGAUGUAACAGAAUUUGCAGAUCCUAAGCUUAACGGGGAGUACUCGGUAGUAGCCUUCGACCUUGUGUUCAACCUAGCUUUGUCAUGCACAGGACUAAAGCUGCAAAGGCCAGGCAUGGAGCAAGUGGUCUCAAAACUGGAAAAGGCACUAGAUAUCUCAACCCAAAUGGAGCCAAUUUCUUUGACCGCACCAAUCAAGACUUGAAAUUGAAGAAAGCG